CCAAGCUCGCCGUCAGCAAGUCCCGACAAGAGUGGUGGUGAAAUUACAGCCCUUCCCGCAGAGGGAAGAAGACAGGAACGGGCCAGUUGGCUCCAGGGAAGGAGGAAAAGUGGUGGCAUCUCCCAGGCCUGACCUUGGUCUCCUUUUCCCCCCACCCAACACCGCCUGCCUGCCUGCCUGCCAAUCUUGGCCACAUUCCGGUUGAGGUUCCCAAGGCCUCCGGCUUGUGACAAGCUUCUCAACCCUCAACCCUUCCUGAAGCGAAGCCGAAAGACUUCUACAAGCCUCUUCCCCAGAGCAGGGGCACCAGAGCCCUGUGAUCCGGUGCCAGGGGUGAGACUGGAUAGAUGCAGCAUCCGGAACACAUGGGCUCCGUCGGUGGUGUCAGGCCAUAGCGUGAGUCUCUCUGUCCCUUCUGGAAACCCGGCUGCCUUGAAAGCUGAGCUGGUUCGAGAACCUCGAAAGGGUGGCGAUUGCAAGCCCUUCAGCUUGGACGGCGGGCCGGGUGGCCCCCAAGCCUAGAGGCCAAGAAGAACGGAGAAGGUCCUUGGAGAACCGUCAACCCUUCAAGAGCUUCCUUGGCUGGCAAGGGAGGAUUUGAAGCCACCAGUUCCUGCCCGCAGGCGAGAGGAAACAGCACCGCAAUGGGGUCAAGAAGCUACGCCAGGCACGGGGGCGUCUCGGGGGCACCGGGGGUCUUCGGUUCGCCGCCACAGGCUGCAGGCUGGGUCUUCCUUCUCCUGGUGGCCCUCCAGCAGUUCUGCUCGGUCGUGGCCUUCUCCACUUGCAAGACCUUGGACAUGGACCUGAUGAAACGGAAGAGGAUCGAGGCCAUCCGGGGUCAGAUUUUGAGCAAGCUCAAGUUCCCGAAGCCCCCCGAAGUGGAAGACUUGGAGACCCAGGUCCUCUCAGAAGAGGUGAUGGCUAUCUACAACAGCACCUUGGAAGUGAUCCGGGAAAUGGUGGCCGACGAGCCGCAGGAGACUCUCCACGAAGAAUACUACGCCAAGGAGGUGCACCGGUUUAUGAUGAAGUCCGCUGACAGCAACAGCGACGGCAAUCAGUACAAGAAGGAUGACCAAAACGUCUACUUUGCAUUCGAAAUUGAACCUAUCCGGAAAGCCGUUACUGACCCCAACUUGCUCUACCGGGCAGAGCUGAGGAUGCAAGCCUCGGGACGUGGGCAAGAGCAGCGACUGGAGCUUUACCAGCAAAAACACCACUCAGGGAAUGAUUCCACUUGGUACUACCUUCAAGGGCUGUCGGUAAAGGUGAAGAGCGAAAAAGAAUGGCUGUCCUUCGACGUCACCAAUGUCCUCCGCUUGUGGCUUGCGAGUAGAGACAAUGUGGGAAGAUUCCGACUGAGCACUCACUGUUCCUGCGAUGACGUACGAAGUGAUCUAUCAAUACAAAUUGAAGGCACCACCGACGUAAGAGGGGACCAGGGCUCAUUAGCUGGGAGAUCAAAACAUCGGCCGUACCUCUUGAUCAUGGCUACCACUCCAGAACGGGCUGAUUCCGCGAGUCACAAGCGGAGAAAACGAGCCGCGCCAGACGCAGAAUUCUGCAGCAGCCAAUCAGCGGAAGCGAAGAAUUGCUGCGUACGGCGUUUCUAUAUCGAUUUCCGAAAAGACUUAAAAUGGAAGUGGAUCUACGAACCCAAAGGCUACUAUGCCAAUUUCUGCAUGGGGCCUUGUCCCUACCUCUGGAGCUCGGACACUCAGUACAGCAAGGUCCUCGCUCUCUACAACCUUCACAAUCCCUCAGCCUCAGCUGCUCCUUGUUGUGUCCCCGAUGAGCUGGAGCCCCUGGGCAUCAUUUACUAUGUCGGCCGACAAGCCAAAGUAGAACAACUUUCAAACAUGAUCGUCAAAUCCUGCCGGUGUAGCUGAGAAAAAAAGAUCGGUGUUGGACUUGAGGAAACGUCCGAAUGAUCCCUCCGGGGAAGGAGUCAGGACUGUUGAGAAGCGCCGACUCCGUUUUCCCGCCCCCCCCCCUUCUCUGCUAAAACCUCGUGCCUUUUUUUCUUUCGUCUUUUCAUUUUCGUCUUCACAAAAAAAAAAAAGGAAUCUUUCUCUCUUUUUUUAAAAAAGCAACACAACUUGUAUUGUUAUUAUUAUUAUUAUUAUUAUUAUUUUAUUUGUUAAAUGUACGUUUUUGGGGGAGGGGUGAGGAUUCUCUUAUUUUAAUUCUUUGGCUUUGGUGGUGGAGAGGACUUUCUCAAGAGAGAGAGGAAGAAGAAGGAGGAAGAAGAAGAAGAAGAAGAGAGGCACAGAUCCACCCAAAAACAGGCCAGGGAAGGGGGGAAAAAAUAACAACCCUCUUCUUGCAAACAGAAGUGGGAGGAAGCAAUUUGCUGCGAGAUGGCAAAAGGAAAUAAAUAAGGAAUUAAAAUUUGAUCGGGGUCGGGAAUUGUCGAAGAGGAUCAUAAAAACUGCUGAAGGACUGCCAUGCUGACUUUGGAACACGGAGUCCAGAAUUGUUGAGUCCAGAAGAUCCAGAGGGAUGUUCUCCACAUGGCCAAAGUUUUGGGGGAGUCCUCAGGUUGCCAGACAACGCCCGACUCUCUGAUUUUGGAUCUGAUGGGCUCCCCAAACCGGAUAAACCCCGCUUUAGACUUUAGUCUUCCGGUUCGUAGAUUGUGAUCAUUUUGGACAAUAUUGGGACCUGGUUCUUGGAAAAAAACAACAACCCCAAACUGCAUGGGGUGAAUGACUCUUGUUCCUCUACCUUGUACCCCACUUCUUCUGCCCCACUCUGGUUUCCCAAUUGUUAGAAGAUGCUGGGGGAGAAAUUGGAUUGGGGGAGGUGGGGUGAAGGGGUCAGGGGCUCUUUGGGGCUCAUAUAGUGCUGGCAUAUAACCCCGGAAAAGGCGGGGUAGAUGGGCUGUUCCAUCUGGGAAAGCGAUACAGGUAGUCCUCAACUUAACAACCAUAAAUGGGACCACAAUUUCCACUGCAAGUCGUUAAAAGCAAGGCAUGUCCAAUUUCCCCACCUUUUUUGGGUGGGGUGGGGUUUGAGCGAAU